GCUCCCGCACGCACGCCUGCCAGAGAAACUAGACAGCGCCUUUCCCCCUGACGACGAAUCCAAUUCUAUUUCCAAUUUUCCCGCCAUCAUAAGACUUUUUUUAGACCUACAAUUUUUCCUUUUCAUCCUCGCUUCCUUGUUCGGUUUUUGCAGCGACAACAGCUGCAGGAAAGCAAGCCUUUUCUCCCACCAACCUACUGCCUUCGCUGCCUCCGUCCGUGUGGCCAUCUCGCCACUCGCUUUAACUCGGCCCAGAUCUUCGCCCGAACCAAUAAAAUUCUCAUCUGCAGUUGUGUAAUAUACCCCGUUCGCUCAUCUUUCUACUUUUUCCAUCUUUCCAACUGCUCGCGCCAAGAUAUCCAGUCGGCUGGUGUGUCUUGUGCCAUCGCCAAUUGUGCGCGAAUCUUGACUACUUUGAAGAGCAACGCUCUUCAAGAUGACGCCAAAUCUAUUCGUCGCUACGCAGACACUCUUCCAACCAAAGAAGUGGUUCCGCCAGAGCAAGAUCGAGAAGCCACAGCGGAAAACAGAGCGAUGGAGCGAGCCUGUGCCAGGACUCUAUGAGUACAUUCCCGGCCGUGGAUGGUAUCUCAUAGAGAAAGACAAAAUCUCCGCCACGGACCAAGAUGCAAGUGACGAUAGCAAAGAAGGCGGGCCUGUCCUCUCCAUCAAGGAGACCGCAUCCUCAGUGGAUACCAUUAAGGUGCAACCACCCAUCGCAGUGCGAUAUUCAAAGGUCCUCAAGCGUUUCCUCCUUUCGCCAGAUUACGAUGUCCGCAAGAAACACGGUGACAUCGAAAGCUCACAGGGCGCCAAGCUACUUCAUGUGGGCUUCUUCCGCCUCGACGACGAAGUGUCCUGGGUCAAUUGCUGGGACGAAAAUGGCGAGUUCAUACCUGGACCCUAUCGCCUGUGGUUCUAUGACACGCGCACCCAGCAAUUCAGACACAUGCUGAGACGCGACGACCCAGUAUACCAGCGCUCUCACCCCGGAUCCCGCGCGCAAUCUCGCCAAAACUCCUUCGAUCGCGAGCAGGUUGUACGACGCCACAGCCAAGAAUCGAGAAGUACAGAGUACAAAGCUGGCCCUGGAAGCACUCGCGAUGGGCAGAGCAUGCCGUCCAGCCGCGCAACAAGUGUCUACGUGCAGUCAAAACCCACGUCAAAAGCACCCAGUCAGGCGAACUCGCGACGUGGAAGCUUUUCACGCGGCCAACCGAGCCCCCGUAUCCCUCUUGACGAGGCUGGUGCGGCACUGAAGAUGUUGCAAAAGGAACGCGCGGAGCGGGAGCGCGCUGCCGUAGAGAAGUCAUCUGGCUCGACCACCAACGAAGUUUCGUCGAGCAAGAAGACUGCAGAGGCUCCCAUGCCUUCCUCCGGGAACCCCGAAGCACAGCGAAUUGUGCAAAACUCGACCGUUGCAGAAGUUCCACCGGUGAAGUGA